UUUGCACUCGGCUGGUGGGUAUUUAUUGAUGGACUAACACUGUUAUGGAACUUGCCUGACAGAAAAGUAGCACCAGGCAUAGAAGACUGGAUACCUGGUAUAAUUGCAACAUUAGGAAUGAUCAUUGUAAAUUUGAUUGAUAAAGAAGCACUUCGAGGCGAUGGAUAUGAUGAACAUAUGGCUUGGAGAGCAAGAUUAUUUUUAUUCCUGGGAUUUGCAUUGAUGGCAGGUGGUAUAUCCGGUUCAGUG